GUGACCUACCCGAUCGGAUUCUCUCAAAGCUCUAAACCGAAAAACUCAAGCUCAUCUCCCAUGGCUUCAAGCUCCAAUCCACAAAUUGACACCAACCCGUUCCUAAUCUUCAAAGCUACGGAUGAAAGGAACACUCUCUUUCGAUCAAUCCUCACAAAUUCCUCAAAUCUCUCACCCUCUUGCAAAGAACAGGUCUUGGCAACUCUUCUACAAAAUCAAGAGCUUUUGGAUGAUCUAUCUACGAAGGAGUCUCGGAAUCUACUAGCAUUGGCUCAAGGAAUCUGUGCUACGCCAUGGCCGAUUGAAGAAAGUGAUGAUGAGAUCAAUGAGGCAGAACUUCAGGCAGCGUUGGAGGCUUCGAAAAAGGCUGAUCAUGUGGAAGCUAGAUGAUACAAGUGAUGUGAUCAUUGUUGGUGAAAAAAGGAAAGGGAAAAAGCCUAUGACCACUCCAACUCCAAGAAUGACUCGGUCCAAGUCUGCCUUUGGAUCUGCUGAUGCUGCUGCCUCUGUUAGCCCUAUCAUCGACCCUGCCUCACCACCCGCAAGCAUCAAGAUUGAGAAGUUCAAGCCGAUCUUGCGUGAUUCAUCCUUGAUUAGAGAGUGGACUACUCAUAGCUCUCGUGGUGUGUUGCUUCAGAAGGAGAUUGAUGUCGAUGAUAUUAUGCGCCACUGCAAUAUCAUUCCUUUGUUGAAAGAUCAAGAUUUGCUUCAAACGGUUCAGAAUGUGGGUCCUUGUUCUGAAUGGUUGACUGCUGAGUUCUACUCCAAUCUGUCUGCUGAUUCCACGUCUCAAGAGUCUACUUUGUUUCACAAGGCAUAUGUUCGUGGCAAGUGGUAUGAUUUCAGUCUAGAAAUCAUCAACAAGUUCUACAAUCGGGCUGCUCUAUCUGACAGGUGUAAUCCAGGCUUAGACACUCUAGCUGCUGCUUUGACCCACAAUAAGCUCACUGCCUGGCCUAAAGGGAAUUUAUCUUCUCAACAGCUGACUGCCGUAUAUUCUGUUCUGUUUCGUCUAGCCAUGAGCAACUAG